AUGGAAGCAUUUUUCAGCAGCAUGGCCCUCCGGCGGCUGGAAGAGGCGCUCUCCAGCAUCCCGCCGCUGCAGAGCGCCCUGCUGCUGCUCCUCUCCCUGCUCGCCGCCAUCCACCUGGCGAAGCUCCUCCUGCGGCAGCGGCGCCUGGAGCCCCCGGGCCCUUUCCCGUGGCCCCUGAUCGGCAACGCGGCUCAGCUGGGCAGCGCCCCGCACCUCACCUUCGCCCGCCUGGCCCGCACCUACGGCGACGUGUUCCAGUUGCGCCUGGGCAGCCGGCCCGUGGUGGUGCUGAACGGCGAGCGCGCCAUCCGCGGGGCGCUCAUCCGCCAGGGGGCCGCCUUCGCCGGCCGGCCGCGCUUCCCCUCCUUCCAGCUGGUGUCCGGGGGCCGCAGCCUGGCCUUCGGCGGCUACUCCGAGCUGUGGAAGCUGCAGCGCCGGCUGGCGCACUCCACCGUGCGGGCCUUCUCCACCGGCAGCCCGGCCCCGCGCCGCCUGCUGGAGCAGCACCUGCUGGGCGAGGCGCGGGCGCUGGUGGCGCUGCUGGUACGGGGCAGCGCGGGCGGCGCCUUCCUGGACCCCGGGCGCAGCCUGGUGGUGGCCGUGGCCAACGUGAUGAGCGCCCUGUGCUUCGGCCGCCGCUACAGCCACAGCGACGCCGAGUUCCUGCGCCUGGUGGGCCGCAACGAGCAGUUCGGCCGCACGGUGGGGGCCGGCAGCCUGGUGGACGCGCUGCCCUGGCUCCAGCGCUUCCCCAACCCGGUGCGCGCCGCCUACCGCGCCUUCCGCCAGCUCAACCGCGACUUCUACAGCUUCGUGCGGGGCAAGUUCCUGCAGCACCGCGGCAGCCUGCGCCCCGGGGCCGCCCCCCGCGACAUGCUGGACGCCUUCAUCCGCCUCCAGCAGGCGCAGCCCCGGCUGCCGCUAGAGCACGUGCCCGCCACCGUCACCGACAUCUUCGGGGCCAGCCAGGACACCCUCUCCACCGCCCUGCAGUGGCUCAUCAUCUUCCUCAUCCGAUAUCCAAAGGUGCAGGUUAAAAUGCAAGAAGAAGUGGAUAGGAUUGUUGGCAGAGAUCGCUUGCCCUGUGCAGAAGAUCAACCUCAUUUGCCCUAUGUUAUGGCUUUUCUUUAUGAAUCCAUGCGUUUCAGCAGCUUUGUGCCAGUCACUAUUCCACAUGCCACCACAGUCGACACCUCCAUAAUGGGCUACUUCAUUCCCAAAGACACAGUCAUAUUCAUCAAUCAGUGGUCAGUGAAUCAUGACCCAGAAAAAUGGUCCAACCCAGAGGAUUUUGAGCCAACAAGAUUCCUGGAUGAGAAUGGAUUCAUUAACAAAGAUCUUACUAGCAAUGUGAUGAUUUUCUCAUUGGGUAAACGUAGGUGCAUUGGAGAGGAGUUAUCCAAGAUGCAGCUCUUUCUCUUUACCUCCAUACUGGUACACCAGUGCAAUUUUAUUGCUAAUCCAAAUGAGGACUCUAAAAUGGAAUUCACCUAUGGGUUGACCAUUAAACCUAAGCCAUUUACAGUUAAUGUCACUCUUAGGGAGACUAUGUAUUUGCUAGAUAAAGCUGUCCAAAGAUUGCAAGCAGAGAAAACAGCUACUGAAAAUCAUCUAUCAGCAAAUCUGUGA